UUGUAUUCCGCUAUCAUAGUCGUCCUGAACAUCAGAAUGGUGGUUUCGUGGCUCGUGAUUUUAAGUGCCGUGCAGUUUGCCGCUGCUAAUAGCAUACAAGCACGAGAUACGCGAUGCUACACAAACCUUGGCUGUUUUUCUUCGUACGCGGAUAUCCCUGCGCCACAGUCACCAGAUCAAAUCGCGACCACAUUCCGUCUGCACGUUAGAGGCACGAGCAGUUCUUUCAAUCUAGCGUCGAUGCAUUAUCAGUCUCAGAUAAGCGGCUGGGUGACACAUUUUGAUUCCAGUAAGAAAACAAAGGUCCUUAUUCACGGAUACCUCGACUCCGGAUCAACAGCAUGGAUGCCACAAAUGUCAAGCGAGCUUCUUAAGAAGGGUGACUUCAAUGUAAUAAUUGUCGACUGGGGUCACGGAUCAAAAACCGACUACCAACAUGCGGCUGCAAACACGUUUGUAGUUGGUGCAGAAACCGCGCUACUGUUGAAAUAUCUCCACGACGACCACGGUCUUAACUACGCUGACGUGCACGUAAUUGGACACAGUCUUGGCGCACAAACAGCCGGUCACGUUGGACAUGCUAUUCCACACUUAGGACGUAUAACAGGUUUGGAUCCAGCUGACCCUGGAUUUACUGGACGACCUCUAGACAAGCGUCUUGAUGCCUCGGAUGCUGACUUUGUUGACGUCAUACAUACAGACGCUUCUAAAUUCAAUCUUUUGUCAGGAUACGGAACCCGUGACGCAGUUGGUGAUGUUGAUUUCUACCCUAAUGGAGGGGAUCAUCAACCCGGAUGUGCCGAAAAACCGGCUUCAGGUGCUAUAGGAAGUAUUAUACAGGGAUCCAUAGGAGGUGUUGCCAACUCAAUCACAUGCAGUCAUUCUAGAUCAAGGGAGCUAUUUAUGGAAUCUAUAAACUCCCAGUGUAAAUUUUACGCACAUACUUGUCCAAGCGGCGACGCUUUUGAAGCCGGAAGUUGUCUUGGCUGUCCAUCUGGCGGAUGUCCUUCGAUGGGAUAUGACGCGGAUAAAAAUAAUGAUCUGCGGGGCACCUAUUAUCUUAGUACUUCCGGGCAAGCACCGUACUGUGGUCACGAGUAUUUCAUCGAUAUCCGUAUGUCUGACCGGAUGUUCCAUACUUAUGGAGAAUUUAUCAUAACCCUUGUUGGUACAAAUGGCAAAUCGGAACCACUCAAAUUCGAAAGUUUAAUGCAUUCCCUCGACCACGGCGAUGACGAGAAACAUGUCAUAUCUACACACACUGAUAUCGGAACUGUGACGUCAGUACAGCUUGAGUACGUAAAGUCACGUGAUCUCCAUGGUGUUUUGGCUGCUCCGUCUGUAAGAGUACACAGUAUCGUAGUGGAACCAGCUGAAACAUCCCAGAAAACAACAUUCUGCGCACACGAGCACCGCUUCAACUCUGGACACCCUCAAACAGUCACUUCCCAUACAGGAUGCUAAACGUCAUUUUGUUGUAAUAAAAUUCAAUAAAUCAAGUCUAUUCAGAAGGCUUAA